AUGUUCUUCAAACCGCGCCAGGAAAUGCGAGAAAUAGAAUUCGAACGCGAGCUGUGUAUCCUAUCACGUAUCUACGAAGCGGGUCUAACGACUAAACUUCGCGUCCCCAAGCUGGAAGGUCUAGUUAUAUCAGCCGAUGAGGAAAUAGUAGGCUUGCUGAUGACGAUGAUCACGUCAUCUGCUCUCGGAACUCACGUGCAAAGUCCCGGCCUACAGGAGAUGACCCAUUUACAUCAAAAGUGGGAGCAACAGCUUGCUGCGACUAUACAAGAGCUACAUUUGCACGGUAUUGUGUGGGGAGAUGUGCAUCCUAUGAAUGUCGUGAUAGACGAGGCAAUGGAUGCGUGGGCAGUUGAUUUUGGCGGGACGAAUAAUGCGGAGUUCAUCGAUGCUGAGAAUCGCGAGACUGUUGAAGGGGAUUGGCAAGGCAUGAGGAAGAUAUUUCAAGAGUGGUUACCGAAUCCACAGAGGUUGUAG